AUGUCAGAAGAGCUUAAUAUACAUCAACAAGCUUCUGGUUCGUCUUCACAGGUGGGUGAGACCUCUGAAAAGGAGAACUUUUUAGGAAAGGAUGCUUCUACUACUAAGGAUAGUCAGGCUCCUGUAGAGGUGCGCGGAUCAUAUCUCGCUCUCACUGCUAUUACUUUCUUGAUAUCUUUCGGUGCCUUUAUCUACGGCUGGGAUAGUGGUACUAUUUCUGGAAUUGUGAACACUCCAGAUUAUUUACAACGGUUUGGCGAGUGGAGUAAGUCAGAUCAAGACUACUACCUAUCUGAGGUCAGAAUGGGUUUGAUUGUUUCCAUCUUUAAUAUGGGUGCUGCCUUUGGUGGUGUCACUCUUGGAAGAUUGGGAGAUAUGUGGGGAAGACGUGAGGGUAUCAUGUUCAGCACCUGCAUCUACAUCGUUGGUACAGUUAUCCAGAUGGCAGCAAGCCAUUCAUGGGUCCAGUAUUUCAUUGGCAGAAUCUUGACUGGACUUUCUGUCGGAUGUAACUGUGUCUUGUGUCCUAUGUACAUUUCUGAGUUGGCUCCGAUGGCCAUCAGAGGAACCAUGGUCACAAUUUAUCAGUUGAUGCAAUCUGCUGGUCUUUUCUUGGGUUAUUGUGCAUGUUAUGGUAGCAACAAGGGUUAUACUGAUUCUCGUUCGUGGAGAAUUCCUUUAGGAUUGUGCUUUGCCUUUGCUUUACUUCUUAUCUGUGGUUUGAUUUUUGCUCCAGAGUCCCCACGUUAUUUGGUGAAGAAGAAUCGUGUUGAUAAAGCCAAGCACUCUCUUUCGAGGGUUACUAGAGUUCCUGAGAGUUCUCCUUUGAUCCAGAGGGAAAUUGACUCUUUAUUGGAAGGUAUCGAAAUUGAGAAGCGUGCAGGUAACUCCUCUUGGAAGGAGUUGCUUACAGGUAAGCCUAAAAUAUUUUACAGAGUUGUUAUGGGUGUCAUGUUACAAACAUUGCAACAAUUAACAGGUGACAAUUAUUUCUUUUACUAUUCGAACACCGUGUUUAAGUCGGUUGGUUUGAAUGACAGUUAUGUGACUUCCAUUAUUAUUGGUGUUGUUUUCUUUGUUUCAACCUUUGUGCCUCUAUACACCAUGGAUCGUUUUGGAAGAAGAGUGACUUUGCUUGUCGGUUCCGCAGCAAUGUUGAUAUGUUUGCUUGUCUUUGCAACCAUUGGAGUUAAAUCCCUAUUCCCUGGUGAGUACGGUGUUAAUCCUAAGAAGUCAGUGGGUGAUGGUAUGAUUUUCUUAGUCUGUCUCUUCAUGUUUUUCUUCUCAGCAACUUGGGGACCUGGUCCUUACGUCGUUGUGUCAGAGUCUUAUCCUAUGCGUAUUAGAGCUAAGGGUAUGGCUAUUGCUUCCAUUGGUAACUGGUUGUGGGGAUUCUUGAUUGGUUUCUUUACUCCAUUCAUUGCUGGUGCCAUUCACUUUGCUUAUGGUUAUGUGUUCUUCGGAUGUACCUUGUUUGGUUUCAUAUUCGUCUUUACUUGUGUGCCAGAGACUAAGGGAUUGCGUUUGGAGGAUGUUGAUGAGUUGUAUAGCAAACUUAAGCCUGGAUUUGCAUGGAGAAAGAUUGAGAUUGGAAAAGAUGAUACUGAAGGUAGAGACAGUGAUGCUUAG